ACAGCCCCAGACCCCAGUCCCCCAGCGCAGCCUCUGUUCCUGCAAAGCCCCCGGCUGGUGGGGGGGUCCCUGGAGCCCUUGGCAGGGGAGGGAUGGCGGUGCCUUGGGAGGAGUACUUCCAGCUGGUGCUGCAAGAGAGACUGCCCCCGAUACAGCAGGACAAGGUCCCCCUGCCACCCCUGCUGAGCCUCCUAGAGAAGAGGCAGGAGCUGGAGGCUGCCGACCAGGGCCUGCAGGCCCAGAAGGAGGUGUUCCAAAGCAGGAUGGAGGCCCUGAAGCAGCGCAGGGAAGAGCUGGAACAGAAGCAGCAGGAGCUGAAGGGGUCCUUGGUCCGCUUUGACAAGUUUUUGCUGGACGCGGAGGCCCGUCGCGUCCGCGCGCUGCAGAGGGCAGCAGAGGAGCGCAUCCGGGCGGGUCUCCAGGAGGCGGCGGCGCAGCGGCUGCGCGCCCAGCUGGCCGAGCUGCAGCGGGAGCGCGCGUGCCUGCACAGCCGGCUGGAGCGCCUGGAGCCCUGCGCGCGCCUGCUGGGCCAAACACUGGAGCUGCUACCCGAGUUCCAGGGCGUGCCUGAGCUGGUGGAGCGUUUCUGGGCGCUGGCGGAGGCUCUGGCUGCGCAGAGGCUGGGGGCCCAUGAGCUGCGGGAGCGGCUGGAGGCCCUGCGGGAACAAGGAAAGCGGCUGCGGGCGGCGGAGCGGGACGAGCUGCUGAGGCUGGGCCGGCAACGUGCUGGGCUGCUGCAGAGCCUGGAGGCGGCCCGCGAGCGCAGGCUGCACGGGGAAUCCAUGUGGAUUCAGAUCCAGAACACUGCUGCCGAGAAGACCCUACUCCUGGGCCGCGCCAGGAUGGCAGCGCUCAACCUGUACCAGCAGGUGUGCCAGUGCCGGGGGCAGCCGCUCGCCCUGGCCCUGGAGGACACGGAGGGUCAGCUGGAUCAGGUACAGCAGUUCAUGAUGAACCUGACCACCACGCUGGACAGACUUCAGCACCCUGAAUCCGCCGGCCCCCGCUCUAUGCAGAAGACAAGGGGGUAUGCAGUAAGGACCACUAGCCCUUGAACUACCCAGGAUUUGGGGUGUUCACCCCAUCCCCCAGCCCCCUUGCAACCAAGACUGAAUUGAGCGGCUGGGAAAAUAGCCUAGCCAGUAGAGCACCGGACUUUUCAUGCCUGAGGUUCCCGGUUCCGUCGUCGAUGGCACUGCGUGUGCCAGCCUGUGCUCUGGCUCCCCUCCACUGCCUCAUGUGGGAUGCUUACGUGGUGGGCCAGGGGUGGCGCACCUGGUAGAGUGCACGCAUUACAGUGCACAGAGACCUGCGUUUACACCCUCAGUCCCCACCUGCUGGGGGGAGGCUGCAUGAGUCAGGGAACAGGUUUGCAGGUGCCUGUCUCCCUCUCAAUGUGUCUCUAUCCAUUAAAAUACAUAAGUAAUAAUUAAAAAAAAAAAUACUCAUUGUGGUCUGGGAGGUGGCACAGUGAUAAAGCUAGGACUCUCAAGCAUGAGGUCCCGAGUUCGAUCCCCAGCAGCACAUGUGCCAGAGUGAUGUCUGGUUCUUUCUCUCUCCUCCUAUCUUUCAUCUUUCUCAUAAAUAAAAAUCUAAAAAAAAAAAAAAAAAAAAAAAAAAAAACCCACUCACACCUAUACAAUAAAGAAAAAAUUCUGUCCGAUGGACAGCCAGCUCUCAGGAGCCCUGGGCUCAGCCAGGAGCAUCCAAAGCUGUCUGUCAGUCAAAACCUAGGGACAAAAACCAACAACUCACAAGCUAGGUGAUAGUUCACCCAGUAGGGCGCAUACCUCGGCCUGCACGAAGUCCCGGGUUUAAGCCCCGAAGAAGCUCCUAGUGGAGAGGAGCUGGGGACUUCAAGUGAGAAAGAGAGAAGUUGUGCAAAGGAAGCGCAGGGCCCAGGCGCCACCAAAGACAGCCUCAGUGGACUCCCGCAGCUGAAAUCCGAGAGACGCAGCAUCGGAUCCCCUAACCCCAGGGGAGCCAAUCUGCACCCUGUCUCCAGGUCAGAGGCCCUCCCAGGCCUGGGUCCCUAAAUACUCAUGCUCACAAAGGUGUCCCCUCUGUGGACCGGCCCCAGACUGUCCCUGACCUCCUCAG